CUUUUCUUCACCGGUUCGCAUGGUUCGUAUCACCAUGGCAUGGCUUCCCUGCCAGUGGUCUCAGCCCUGGAGAGUGGACCCACUGUGUGGCGCCCAUGCGUGGCAUUUCUCUCCUCGGCCGGUGGAAGCGAAACGCUGCAGGUGCUUUCAGCCCAGAAGAUCGCACGGCUCGCACGCGGCUUUCACGCCAUCCAUGGAAAGGAGGAACGAGAAGCUUUUCAACGUGCGAUCCAAGACAUUUUCGUGAUACAUUUGCCACCCCAUGGCCUUUCAGCCGUGUGGCGGCAACUGUGCAUGGCCGUCGUGUCGGUGCAACUUUGGCUUGGAGAAUGGACGCCCAUCGGUCUGCAGUCUUUGCAGCUGCCAAUGGCUGUGCUGAAGGAACUCUUGGCACUUCCCGCCUAUUUGCUUUUUGAUGAUGGUGCUCUUCCAUUGGACUCUGUGCGCUUGUGGCGGCAAGGGGCUCAAACCAUGGUGAACUCCUGUGAGCAGGUCUUUGGAGCCUUGUUGGGCCCAUUAAGCUCGGGUGAAUCCCUGCAAGUCGUGGCUGGCUGGCUGAAAGGAGCCAGAGUGGCCUUGGAGUGGCUGGAGGAGACAGAGACCUCGCCGGCACUCAAGGCCUUGGAAGAUCAGAAGGUGAAACUGCUGAUGCUUGCUCAGGCCUUUCCUGAAGAGGCUUGCGAGGUGGCGCAGCAAUUGGCGAGAUGGCCUUUGUAUGAUGCCCAGGUUUGGCCCUUGUUGCGUCCCCUGCUGGAUCUCUUAUUGCCCCUGUCGGCUCGCCAACCUCGCUUGGUGCCUUUGCUGCCAGUCUUGGUCGAUUUGGCUGCGGAUCGCUGGCCACGGGCAUGUUUGGAAGUGCCAGAUGCCUUAAACCUCCAGGAUCUUGCUGUGGCCACCUUAAGCCACAUCGGAUUUUCUUUUUCACCACACGAGUUGCUUUCGACAUUCCUGCGUGAAAGUGCUGGUUCCUUACUGUGGUGGUACCAUGCGGUAACUACAUGCCACUCAGCAGCCAUUUCUGUCACACGUCCUGUCCUUGAUCUUCCAUCUGCCUGAGAAAGGUUGUUGUGGCGGUUUAACUUUUCGCUUUGGAUAUGUGUUUGCGGUUU